GUUUGUAUUGGUUGAGUAGUGAUGUACAACAAUAGUUAUUCUCAGGCCAACUUUGGCUUGGCUGCCAAGAAGAUGCACAAGUCGAAAGGCAAGAGCUGUGGUUACUACAUGAAGAUUGUCUUCUUUUUCUCCUCGCUUAUCCAGUCAUUGAUCAUCGCAAGUCUGGUGCUCUUUUUGGUGUAUGGACAACCUGAGCAUACGGUCGAGGAGAAGAGACUGCAAGAGUUGGACCAAAGUGUCAGCAAGCUCACUAUGGAAAAUUUCAUUCUCAGAGGGAAGGAAAAGAACCUCACCAAAGUUCUGAAUGUCACUCUCACUGCAAAGCUAAGCAAUGACAAGCUUGUGGCUGAAUUACGCAAACUAGCAAACACCUCAUCUAUGACAAUAAAGCACCUGCAAACAACAAUGUGUCGAUGUGACUUGCAAAGAAUGGCAGCACCUCGCGCAUGCCCUCCUGCAUUUUGUCCAGAUUCAAAUGAAAACAACAAACGCUUGCAAAGCAUGCUACAGCAGUCAAAUGAAAUAUUAGAAUUGAUCAAAGACAACUUUACUCAAACUGUGGCCAUUUUGAGAUCCGAGUUAGACACCUCCAAUAAAGACAAGGAUGAGUUUCACUUGGACGCAAUCAGACUGAGACGAGACAAGGCUUACCUUGAAGAAGAGCUCCACUUGUAUGAAAAGAAGUGCAAAGAGGACUUUGUUGAAUCCUUACGAGGAAUCCCCAACGUCACCAAAGAAUUUCUCAGAAGGAUCGACGACCUCUUCUCAAAACACAUUUCGUUCAUGCUGACAUGUGAUAAACAGAGUAAUCAGCUUGAAAAUAUUCGCGAAAACUGCAGUAGUCUUUCAAGAGAGGUCGAGAACAAGCUCCAAACAUAUCUGAACAUAGUGGGUGACCAGUUCACAAAGAUUAAUGGAGAAAACGCCAAAUAUGUGACCCAGAACAAACGUUUGACGGAAGAUGCUGAAUGGUGUAACCAGAAUCGCAGCGCCAUGACUCGUGAACAUCGCAAUAGUCUUGAGCAGCUUCAGCGCAAGAACGACCAAGACAGUGAAAAACUUCUGCUGGAGAACCGAAAACUAAAAGGGGACAACGGGAUGAAAGACAAACUUCUGUCUGUCAAUGAAAACAAAAUUCAAAUGCUCACAAACACCAUUGACAACCUCAAUACCUCGCUUGCCAGCUGUAAGCGAACUAGCCCAUUCAUGCCAAACCCCUUUGGAUCUCCUAACAUCCCAAAUACUGGUCUGGGCUCAACAGGAAUGAGCAAACCCAACAUGCCAUGGUCAGGGGCCGGCUCGAGCGGGCCAGCAUAUCCUGGUAUUACUGGGACAGGAUCAAGCUCAAGAUGGGGCAGCACAGGAUCAGGUGUGACAGGACCACUUAAUACACCUCUAGGUGGAACAGGGACCCUCCCAAGCACAGGAUUAGGUGGGCCAGGAUCAAGUAGAACAGGUCCAACCCAGACAGGGACUAGUAGUUUUGGUGGAGCAGGACUAGGGCUGACAGGAUUGGGUAGUGCUGGAAGUUUUCCUUCAACUGGCAAUACUGGAACAGGUUCAACAGCAUUUGGCAGUGCAGGAUCAAGUGGAGUAGGAGUGGGAAAACCAGCAACAGGAGGUUUUGGCUCAGUGGGAUCUAAUCCAACGGGAUUUGGCGCAACUUCUGGAGGAGCUAGAACAGCAGUGGACAGUCAUCCAAUAAGUCAAGCACAGAUAAAUCUGCAUUUGAAGGAGCUGCAUCGAUAUUCACUCCCAAACUGAGGGAGUGAACAAAGACCUGGCGAAAUCCCAGGAGCGUCUGUAUAAAGACUGAUUUAUUAACGGGUUGAAAAUAGAACUCCUAUAUGCACUUACCACUGCAAGUCUGUAUUGUGAAUAAUAAUUAUUAACAUGAAUAGUAAUGUUAUUUUGUAGGAAGAAAUUGUUUGUGCCUUAAUUUCAUUUAUGCUUGUAUAUAUUGUGUAAUAUAUAUCUUGUAUAUAAAUACAUAUACAGUUGAAGUCAGAAUUAUUAGCCCCCCUGAAUUAUUAGCCCCCUGUUUAUUUUUUCCACAAUUUCUGUUAAACGGAGAGCAGUUUUUUUUCAACACAUUUCUAAACAUAAUAGUUUUAAUAACUCAUUUCUAAUAACUCAUUUAUUUUAUCUUUGCUUCGAUGACAGUAAAUAAUAUUUUACUAGAUAUUUUUCAAGAUAUUUCUAAACAGCUUAAAGUGACAUUUAAAGGCUUAACUAGGUUAAUUAGGUUAACUAGGUAGGUUAGGGUAAUGUAGCAAGUUAUAGCUAUAGUAGCAAGGAAUAAUUCUGACUUCAACUGUAUAUAUUAAAUUUAUCACUGUAAUUUACUCAGUAUUUUUUGUAAACUAUUUAUCUUUGUGCUUUGUAAAA